GGUGAGGAGCGGAGCGGAGCGGAGGGACAUGCGCGCGAGCGGACCCCGGGUGGAGGCGGUGAUUAUGCGCUCGAGGCGGCAGUGAAGGCUUAGCGCGCGCUGCAGAGGAACAUCAUGCCGGGCUGGAAGAAGAACAUCCCCGCCUGUCUCCAGGCCGAUCAGGAGGGAGAUGAGGGGCCCUACACCAAACACUCCAACGCCUCCAGACCUCCAGAUGGAGCGCUGGCCAUCAGAAGACAAAGUAUCCCAGAUGAGUUUAAGGGCUCCAGCAUGGUGGAGCUAAUGAAGAAAGAGGGCACCACCCUGGGCCUGACCGUUUCAGGAGGCAUCGACAAGGACGGCAAGCCGCGCGUCUCCAACCUGCGGCAGGGCGGCAUCGCAGCCAGGAGUGACCAGCUGAACGUCGGCGACUACAUCAAGUCGGUGAACGGCAUCAACCUGACCAAGUUCCGUCAUGAUGAGAUUAUUAGUCUGCUGAAGAACGUGGGUGAGCGAGUCGUGCUCGAGGUGGAAUAUGAACUACCGCCUGUUUCCGUUCAAGGUUCAGGUGUAAUGUUUAAAAAUGUCGAGGUGACACUUCACAAAGAGGGAAACACAUUUGGAUUUGUCAUCAGAGGAGGCACCCAUGAAGACAGGAACAAAUCUCGCCCUGUUACCAUAACAACGAUCCGACCUGGUGGCCCUGCUGACAGGGAAGGCACAAUCAAACCUGGGGACCGGCUGCUGAGCAUCGACGGUAUCCGUCUGCAUGGUACAUCCCACGCAGAGGCAAUGAGCAUCCUCAAGCAGUGCGGCCAGGAAGCAACACUCCUCGUCGAAUAUGACGUGUCCAUCAUGGACUCCAUAGCCAGUGCUUCUGGUCCUCUCCUGGUGGAAGUAGCCAAGCCUCUGGGCUCCAGCCUGGGAGUGGCUCUGUCUACCUCUAUGUACUGCAACAAGCAGGUCAUCAUCAUUGACAAGGUCAAGCCAGCCAGCAUCGCUGACAGGUGCGGGGCACUGCAUGCUGGUGAUCAUAUCCUGUCAGUAGAUGGCACAAGCAUGGAGUAUUGCACGCUGGCUGAAGCCACCCAGCUCCUAGCCAGCGCCUGUGAGCAUGUCAAAAUGGAGAUCCUUCCCCAUCACCAGACUAGACUGGCCCUUAAAGCCUCAGAUCACGUCAAGGUGCAGAGGAGCAACCGGCCACUGCCCUGGGAGUCUGGCACAAACAACAACAGCAACUUCCUUCCCUACCAGCACUAUAACACCUACCACCCUGACCAGUCCCGCAGCCAGGCCAAGCAGAAAACUUCUCCAAACAACCCCCCCCUGGGCUCAUCUUUUUCACCCACCUCCAUGAGUGCCUACAGCCUGAGCUCCCUCAACAUGAGCACACUGCCUCGCAACAUGUAUCCCACAAGCCCCCGGAGCACAUUGAUGAGGCGUAAACUGAAGAAGAAGGACUACAAGAGCUCAUUGUCUCUGGCCUCCAGCACCGUGGGCUUGGCCGGACAGGUGGUCCACACAGAGACCACUGAGGUGACCCUGAUCAGCGACUCCAUCAUGGGAUUUGGAAUUCAGCUCCAGGGAGGGGUGUUUGCCACCGAAACGCUCACUUCUCCUCCGCUCAUAGCGUACAUAGACCACGACAGCCCAGCCGAGAGGUGUGGAGUCUUGCAGAUUGGAGACCGACUCCUGUCCAUCAAUGGGAUCCCCACAGAGGACAGCACACUGGAAGAGACCAACCAGCUGCUGCGUGACUCCAGUAUUACCAGCAAAGUCACACUGGAAAUUGAGUUUGAUGUAGCAGAGUCUGUUAUCCCAAGCAGUGGCACCUUCCAUGUGAAGCUACCAAAGAAGCCAGGAGUGGAACUGGGCAUCACCAUCAGCUCCCCAUCUAACAGGAAGCCAGGUGAUUCUCUCAUCAUCUCCGACAUCAAGAAGGGCAGCGUGGCACACAGGACGGGGACUCUAGAGUUGGGGGACAAGCUCUUGGCCAUCGACAACAUUCGCCUGGACAAUUGCUCCAUGGAAGACGCUGUCCAGAUCCUGCAGCAGUGUGAAGAACUGGUCAAGCUCAAAAUCCGUAAAGAUGAGGAUAACUCAGGUGUCCUUCGUCUAGGCCGUGUUGAUAUGGACGCCCGUGUGCUGUUGGCCUGUGUUGCAGACGAGCAGGAGAGCUCUGGUGCCAUCAUCUAUACUGUGGAGCUGAAGCGCUACGGGGGCCCACUGGGCAUCACCAUCUCAGGCACUGAGGAGCCCUUUGACCCCAUAAUCAUCUCCAGCCUCACCAAAGGCGGCCUGGCUGAGAGGACCGGGGCGAUCCAUGUUGGGGAUCGUAUCCUGGCCAUUAACAAUAACAGCUUGAAGGGGAAGCCGCUGAGUGAAGCUAUACACCUGCUUCAGAUGGCUGGAGAGUCUGUUACUCUGAAGAUCAAGAAACAGGGAGAAUUGGCAAGUCCUAAACAGCCAUCAGUGACUGGGCAUCUGGGUGAACUGAGUGAUGCGGAGGAUGAGAAUCAGCAGAAGCCAGGGAAACUGUCAGACGUCUACUCCACCACCAUUCCCAGUGUGGACAGCGCCGUCGAGUCCUGGGACGGUUCAGCUAUCGAUGCCUCCUUCAGCCCUCAGGCUCCAACAGGCUUCCAGGCAUCGGGCUACAGUUUCCACAGCCACGAAUGGAGGAACGCCAAAGUGAGUCGUGGCAGUGUGUCUCCAGGCAGCAGCCGUCAGAAGAGCACCAUCCUGCAGGACCUCGGCCUCAGUGAUGAUGAAUGGGACAAACCCACUGCUAGCGGGUUCACCGUGGGUCACGAUGGCACAGAGCCGGAUCAGGAGGAGAACUUUUGGUCUCAGGCGCUGGAGGAUCUGGAGACCUGCGGCCAGUCUGGGAUCCUCCGCGAACUUGAGGCCACCAUAAUGUCUGGCAGUACAAUGAGUCUGAACCAUGACCCGGCACCUGCACGGUGCCAACUGGGAAGGCAGGCCAGCUUCCAGGAACGUGGGAGCAACAGGUCACAGUAUAACCAGGGCAACCGUAGCAACACGCUUCCCAGCGACAGUGGACGCAAAGCCUUUGCAAUGAGGAAAAUGCAGCAAGAGAUCAAGGACAUCGUAUCCCCAAACCCUGUGGAGCUACACAAGGUGAGUCUGAGUAAAGAGUCCGACAUGGAGGACUUUGGCUUUAGUGUGUCCGAUGGGCUCUUGGAGAAGGGGGUCUAUGUCAAUAACAUUCGCCCAGGUGGGCCUGCUGAGGUGGCGGGGCUCAAACCCUACGACAGGCUGUUACAGAUCAACCAUGUCCGAACUAGAGACUUUGACUGCUGCUUGGUGGUUCCUCUGAUCGCAGAAUCAGGGAACAAACUGGACCUUGUAAUCAGCCGAAACCCAGCCUCAGCCGAAACCUCACCCUCAGAACUGAACCAACUUCCUGGUGAGGAGCCUGUGGGCUGGACUGACUCAGCCGAGCCCCUCCCUCAGGAGGCGGCCCAACAGAACUCCAGGCUGGCGGGGUCAGAGGGCAGAGACCCCAACAAGACCUUAUAGCAGAACCCCAUCCCACCCUCCCCAGCACAGGCUCAAGUGCUCCUCAUGGUGCUAAGUGAACUCCUCCCAACGUACACCAACCCCCUGCUGGAGUGAGCUGGAGCUCUUCUGGUACAGUAUAUAGCACACAGUCUCUUCCCUGAGCCACAGCAUGAGCCACACACAUUGAGAGGGGUCCUCCGUACACUUGCUGCCUGCGUGUUUACUCCUGUGAAAAUGACACUGGUGAUUACAGAGGGAGACCGUACUGACCUCUGAGAUGAUGAUAUGAAAAUCGAAAACUGAACCAGUGCCAUCCCUCGUUUUUAUUGCCAAUGAACUUUUUAACGGGAAACAGUUAAGCAAAAGAAGUAAAGGGAAUCUUUAAGACGUUUACACAUGAUUAUGGACUGGCCGCUGUGUGUGUGCGUUCCUGUGUGUGUGUGUGUGUAUGAGUAAACAGGACUUCCUCCUGUGAGUCUCGGCCAGAGCAAACUCCACAUUCUGUAUUCCGUUUGUUCGAACCUCAGCUGUUCUCUUUGUCUCCUCCUCUUGCUCCUUUCUUUUGUAUGUGUAUGUGUGAAUAGUGACUCCCCCCAUAAUUCCUCACAAGUGAUGCCACGUGAUGUCUCACUCAGCAGGAAAAAGCGUUCAGCACGAGCUCAGUGAUGUGAAUCUGAUUUUCCCAACAUGGUAAAAUGCUAGUCAGCCCCAGUGGGUUGGGUGGCACAAUGCAUGAGACCUUUUGUGAACUAUUUUGUCAUGGUAGAAGUGUGACUGUACAGAAAAACAAGCACUCAAACAACAACAACAAAAAAAAGGAUGAAACAUUAAGGUCAUCAUUUGAUUCCCGGGUUUAAUCCAUCCGAAUAUUUGAAACUUAAAAUCAUAAUAUUAAAUUAUGAUCAUUUCACCAUGAUGUUAAAGAGGUGAUGCUUGUCUUAGGCACCUUAUCUUAGAACUGGACAAAAGUCUAUUUUUUACUAAAGGCAAAUUGAUUAUAAAUGAGCAAUGUGCGAAGCUUGAGUGAUGGAAAAGAAGGAUUAAGCAAUCAGCUUGCCUUACUAUUCGAAAAUGACUGGGAAGACAUUGUAGUAAAGAUGAUGUAUUUUGGUUUCCGAGUCUUUAUUACGUGUGCGGUGCGGGCAGAAAGUAAUCCCCCAGGCUUUGUGUCACUUUUUGGAAAUGUCUAUCGCUAGCACAAAGCAGAGAGACCAAAUAUCCAGUCCAGAGUGUCCCAAAUCUGUCUCGUCUCAUGCCUGUUCUGGACGACGGAGCACGGGAUCAGUGUCUAAGGGCCUUGAAUUGUUGCAGAGAACAGUCCCAUAUCAGCCAGAGCCAUUACAAGUCAAUGCAAUGUUUUCAGCAUAAUACCGAAAUCUACGUUCCAAACAUGGGUUUUCAACUGUUUGGAGAAUUUUUUAACCACCACUCUAAUAUUUAAAAAAAAUAACAAUAAUAAGCAGCAUGAAGUUGAGAGAUGUGAGCAGCCCGAAAACAACUUCUAGUCUAUAGUUCUCCCUUGUUUAAGUAAAUAUGAACUUAUACUAAUCUACUGUAUGUGGUACUGGUAUGGUUUUGUAUGUUUAAUGUGUUUUUUAUUUUCAGAGGGCAUUCGCCCAAAGGGUGUACAAACUAUUUGUAAACAGAAACAACAAGAAAAGAGGAAAAAAAAAAAAACCAGUGGCACUUGAGUGUUAAAUCAUGUGAGAAUGAGGUUCUGACUGGCAGAACAUCAUUCAACGAGACAUUUCGUAUAUAUAUCUAAAAAAAAAAAAAAGCUGUAGCUCUAUUCAGAAAAAAAAAUUAGAAAAGGUAAGACUACUGCUUAUGGCAGCACAUACUUCACCUGUGUGUGUGUGUGUGUGUGUGUGUGUGUGUGUGUGUGUGUGUGUGCACGCGUGCGUGAACUGUAGCUUGUCUGUGUUCACACACUCUUGACUACUCACUAUUUAAAAUGGCACAUGAGAGGUCCAAUCUACUUUUCGAUCAUGCCCUAAUCAGGGUGAUGCUCACCUGGCAUUUCUUUAGAGACUUUUUGAUUCUGGAGCGACUGGGUUCUGUUCCUUCAGGUACCGGUACGGGUUCAUUCCCUGAUCUCAUGCACUGGAUUUGAGAUCUUCUGUUGUCGUUUUUGACGUGAAAUUUUUUGCCUGUCAUGGUCAAGAUUUUCCUGUAAGCAUUGUGUCGUCCGAUACUCAGCUUUUCCGUGGCAGUUUUUCCACUGUGUUGCUGCAAAUGACGUGUAAUAACAUGCACAUAUAUUUUGUUGAUGCCUAUUUUUUCCCCGUUUUAAUGUUCAUUUUGUGUGAUCAUUUUUUGUGGAUUUAAGCACUGCCAGUUAAAAUAGUGGGUACCCAUUUUCACUGUAUGAUGAAUUAAUGACUCAAUUUCACUGUUAGGUCCCUGAAAUAUUGUAUUUUUAUUUCUAAUGGACAGGCAUUAUGAGCUGUAAAGUAUUUUUGUACAAAUUUAAUACUUUGUUAGCAUGAUAUUUAUCGUCUAUGUAUAACUUUGGGGAUUCCUACAGCUGUAAACCUUUAUA